GGUUGGGAACAACGAUGGGGGGAGUUCGUAAAGAGAAGAACACAAAGUCAUGGCUAUCUCAGAUUUGGCAAGUUUGCAAUGUUUUCAUGUCUUUAUUCUUCGCUCUUGCAACUUAUGUUCAGAUCAAUGAUCCAGACGCAGGGUUGUGGAUGGUGGGUUAUGGAGUUCCUGCAGUCCUGUGUGCUUUUAUUGGCUUGAACCCUCAUGUGACAGAGACUUUGCCCUGGAGGCGUGUGGCUGAUCUCCAUGUGAUGAUCUCCGGCGCUGUGGUUGCCAUGCUGGGAUGGAGACUUAAUAAAGAGCGAAUCACAGAGAUCUUCCACCAGGAGGAGGGCAGAGAAUUUUCUGGUCUCAUGUUGACGGUUGCUUGGCUUCUCCUGUGUCGCCACUCUGGAAGGGCUCCAGUUGGGAUGCUCAGAGUCUCAACAGCUGCUGCCAUCACAGUCUUCCCCUUUGUGGCCUGGCUUUACUACUAUAUUAAUGAGGAGCUGAGAUUGAACUGGCCUUCGCAUUGUAAAACUGCUAUUUAGACGGUGAAUUCUUGCUUCUUUUUGGUUAAAUAAAUAUUCUUUUUGUUAUGUUCUUUGACUGAAAACCUUGGACCAAGAUUGCUGCUUAAGUAAACCUUUUGCACUAUCAUUAAAUAUAGAUUAUAAUAGCUAAAGUGCAUUUAAAUGGUGUCAAUUUAAUGUGUAAUUUUGUGCUGAAAAGGAUCAAAGACUUAACAGUAUUAGUUCUUAUUUAAUUAAACUAUUACAGCUGUGAUUUCUUUGGUCUUUAAGUCCAGAUCUUAAUUGUCUGUCAGAUUAAGUACAAUGUAUAAAUGUGAAAUCAUAAAAUGUAAGAAAACAAAGUGAAUCAUAAAAGUCUCCCGUUAUUUUUGUC